AUGGAAUUGUGUCGAAAUAUCACAGAUUUCAGCUACGGUUUAUCCGAGCAUGUCCAAGGAAAGUAUUGUUCUGCAUAUGUGAAACUUCCUUCAGAUGAAGAACUUCCUCAAAAGUUGUCAUUCGAACUGAAUUAUGGAGUGUGUAUCCCUCAUUCUUGUACGAAGGAUGAUUUGAUUUGGCUACUAGACAUGGGUUUGUUGAUUUUUAAUGAUGAUUGUAUAGUGUUUUCCAAGGUAAAUUUAUCCAUAGAUAAGUCCACAAGCUUCUGUCAUGCAGAUUUUGGAGAACUACCUAAAGAUGGUUGGUUUUGGGUAGCAAUUUUGACUCCAGCUUAUCUAUUAGUCUUAAUACUGUAUAUUGGAUUAUUUACUCAUGCUUAUGUCGGUCCAAUGUAUCCUCAAACUCCCAAUUUGAUGGAUAUAAAAUUUUGUCGUGAUCAUUGGUGGAUAACAUAUUUGAAUAAUUUUAUUUAUCCGGAUGAAGCGUGCAUGGGUUGGUCAUGGUAUUUAUCAAAUGAAAUUCAAUUUUCAAUUGUAUUAUCUCCAAUCUUCUUAUCUUUAUUAGCAUGGAAUGAAACUAUCGGUGUACUGUUUGGUUUUGGACUUGUAAUUUCCAGUAUCGCGUCCACAUUUGGUAUAUCUUAUGCGAAUGAUUAUUUACCUGGUGUUCUAUCAACUUCAUCAUUCACAACUAUUUACAUAAAACCGUAUACACGUUGGAGUACUUAUGCUAUUGGUCUUUUAUUGGGUUGGUUCCUCGAAAAACAUAUCACUGUUUUGGAAAAUGUGAAUUCAAAAACGAAGGCUUUGAUUGGUGUGAUUGGUGUAUGCCUGUCAUCAAUAUUCUGUGUAUCUACUGUCUACGGAUUGUAUGGACUACUAAGUGGGAAGGUCGGACCAUUCACAACGUUUGGAGCUGCAACCUAUACAGCAUUCCAUCGACCUAUUUUUAUUCUCGGUAUUGCAAUCGUUGUAUCGAUAUGUGCUCUUGGUUGUGGUGGUCCAAUUCGUUGGAUUCUCACAUUGUCUGUAUUCCGUGUUCCUUCACGGUUGACAUAUACAGCUUAUCUUGUACAUCCGAUAGUGGUUCUAUUCAUCGCUUUAGGAAGUCAGAACCCAAUAUUGCUGGAUGAUCUGCAUUUGGUGAGUCCUAUUCUGAGUUAUCAAACGUAA